AUGCGCAAGUCAACGACGCCUCAGCCAACUGGUCCAGAGAGCAUCUCCUCUGCGCGGGUCUCCAAGCUUGCCAGAAGACCACACCGUAAAUCGAGAAACGGAUGCUUCAACUGCAAGAGGAGAAAAGUAAAGUGUGACGAGGUGAAGCCAGCUUGUGCCAACUGCGUGCGCUUUGGCAUACCCUGCGAUUUCGCACCACAACCACCUUCUAGUGACGACUCAGCGCCGCACACUUCUCCCCCGGAGAUACUAUCAGUUUUAGCAGAACCUGCCACGACACCGCGACGUGGUCCUGGAAGGCCACGCAAGGACUGGGCUGCACUCACGCGACCACCACCUCCCCCGCCAGCAUCAGACAGGACGACAACAUCGCCGUCUUCGACGUCAGCUACGCCAGUUUCCUCUUCAACCAUAUCAAACUCACAGAUAUGUUCCUUAAAUAUUGCUGAUGCCGAGUUACUCUUCCACUUCAUGGCCAAUACCUCAAGGACCUUACACGAUGCUGACGACCCUGUCGAUGAUAUCGCAUCCUUCUGGGCGCGAAAUGUUCCCCAGAUCGGCCUUUCCUACCACUUCGUCCUUCAUAUGAUGUAUGCUCUGGCAGGGUAUCAUCUGGUAUACCAGGAACCAAAGGGGACUGAGCGGCAUUCCCAGAGCCUUGCUCUGGCGGCGCAUCAUGCGGAGCUCGGUAUUUACGAAAUGAACAGGACUUUAACGAACCUUAACGAAGCAAAUUGUGGCGCUCUCUAUGUCGCAGCGGUGCUCGUUUGCUACUGCACCUUUGCAGCUGGCCCAACAGGUCCUGACGACCUUCUUGUGUGUGUCAUUGGCGAGGGAAUCUCGCAAAGAUGGCUUCCCGUGAUUCAUGGAGUCCGGUUGAUCCGACAGAGCAUCGAGCCAGCAACGCUCUUUACGGGCCUCAUGGCCCCUCUCGGCGGCGGUGGCACAAACUCAGAGAUGGAAGAUACAAAACCUGAUUUUAUGGUUAUGGGGUUCUCGUACAUUGAUUGGGUUGGGCCACUUGAGAAGCUUCGACUAUGGAUAGCAUCUCAUGAGAACCCAGAUACUGCUCUAUAUCUAAGGGUUCACAAAAGCUUGUGCGAUGUUUACGAGGCCAACUUUGGCAACGCUGAGGGACUUGUCCAAGUCCCAAUGAUGAACAAGUUUGUGUUUGGCUGGCUGUACCGCAUGCAAGAUCUGUUUGUCGGCUGUCUUCAGCGAAAGGCACCUCAGGCUCUGCUUUUGAUGGCGUAUUACGUCCCUUUGUUCAGGACAAUGAAAAGGUCAUGGUUUAUGGAAGGGUGGGCCACGCAUCUGCUCGAAACGAUAAGAGGCUUGUUAAAUACGGACUUGAUAGGUUGGUUGGACUGGCCGGUGGAAAUAAGUCGGCAGCCUGAGUGA